UAGGUGCGGCAGUGGUACAAAGCUCCGGGUUGCGAUUUCGCGCCAAACUUGACAGCACUCCUAGCGUGAGGGCUUGGUAGGGUUUUAUCCCCGCUGCCAACAUGGUUCGACCUCUGAACUGCAUCGUCGCCGUGUCCCAAAAUAUGGGCAUUGGCAAGAACGGAGACCUGCCCUGGCCUCUGCUCAGGAAUGAGUACAAGUACUUCCAAAGAAUGACCACAACCUCUUCCGUGGAAGGUAAACAGAAUCUGGUGAUUAUGGGUAGGAAAACCUGGUUCUCCAUUCCUGAGAAGAAUCGACCUUUAAAGGACAGAAUUAAUAUAGUUCUCAGUAGAGAACUCAAGGAACCACCACAAGGAGCUCAUUUUCUUGCCAAAAGUCUGGAUGAUGCCUUAAAACUUAUUGAACAACCAGAGUUAGCAAGUAAAGUAGACAUGGUUUGGAUAGUCGGAGGCAGUUCUGUUUACCAGGAAGCCAUGAAUCAACCAGGCCACCUCAGACUCUUUGUGACAAGGAUCAUGCAGGAAUUUGAAAGUGACACAUUUUUCCCAGAAAUUGAUUUGGGGAAAUAUAAACUUCUCCCAGAAUACCCAGGUGUCCUCUCUGAGGUCCAAGAGGAAAAAGGCAUCAAGUAUAAGUUUGAAGUCUAUGAGAAGAAAGACUAACAAAAAGAUGCUUUCAAGUUCUACUGCUUCCCUCCUAAAAUUAUGCAUUUUUAUAAGACCACAGGACUCUGCUGGCUUUAAAGAUCUAUGAGUAAUUAUUUCUUUAGGGAGGGAUAGUUGGGAAGAAAUGUUUGUUUUGUGAUUCUGGAGAUGGAACCUAAGGUCCUGUGCAUACUGGGCAAAUGCUACACUGCAGAGUCACGCCAACCCCAGCCCCUAUAUAAUCCUAAACAAUAUGUUGUCUUUUCCCAUUAAUCUAACUAGGUUAUGGUAAAAGUGCCUUAAGAAAUAUCACUUGCUAUAAAGGUCUCAGUGCCCUUCCCAUGAGGCCUCAAGUGGCUCCCCAGCAUAUGCAGAGGGCACUGUGUGUGCAAGAGACCCUGAGCUGAUGUGGGGCUCAUAGCAAUAGGUUUUAAACAGCAGAGCUGGAACUCAGACUUUAAAGAAAAUUGGAUCAAAGUAGAGACUGGAUUAUUGUAUGCACAUCACACUUUCAGCCAAGCUCUGCUCACUCAGACAGAAAAUCAGUAAAUGGAGGACUCCAUUGUGUUCAUGGAGACGAGAGCAGGUGGAAGAUUAUGUAAGGCCUGAAACACUGAAAUUGUCUGUUUCUCAUCUCCAGUGAGAUUCCAGGGGAUAUUACAGUGACAGAACAAGAAUAGGCACUUUCUUCUACAAAAAAAAAAAAAAUUAAGUAAUAGCAAGCAUAAUAGCUACUGUUAAGAACUCAGAGAUAAUGAAUUGAGAAUGGAUACUGCCUGAAAUGAAAAUUAAUAAGUUAGAAACUAAACUUUAUAAAAAUAAAAAAUGAGCAUUAAAAUGGCUUUCCUUAUCUCAGUAGGUUUCGUAUCAUCAGGAUAGUUAUAUAAAAAUAAAAAAUGAGCAUUAAAAUGGCUUUCCUCAUCUCAGUAGGGUUCAUAUCAUCAGGUCAGAGAAAGUAUUUCUGCCCAGCCUUGUAAUCAGUGUGAUCGUUUUUAUCUUUUACUGACAAUUUCCUAUGUGUUUACAAUGUGUCUUAAGCAUACCAGGUCCUCAGCCCCACUCCCCCCACUACCUUGUAGCUUCUUUUUCUUUUCAUAACCUUCUAAAACCAGAAGGUUCCUACGUGUGUGUCCUCCAUCCAGGCUGGAGAUGGAUCUGCAGAUAAUCACAGCUGCUGUGAGCUUGCGAGUGCAAUGUCCAUGCCAUGCCCAGAGGCAGCGUUAUAUACGCAGCACUCUUCCCCAGCCUUCAGGCUUUCCAUUCUUCCCACCACUUCUUCAAUGCUCCCUGAGCCUUAGAUGAGGCUAUUGAUAUAAUGGUCUAUCAGAGCUGAAUAUUAAACAGUCACUAGUCUCUGCACUUUGAUCCGUCAUGAGUCUCUACGCUGGAUGUUCUCCACUGCAAAAGAAGAACUUCUUCUCUAACCAGGGUAUAUAGCGUAUAAACUCAGGUAUUUAAAAAGCACUCUGAAAACUUAUCCAAUUAACAAAACAGUAGUAGAUUCGUCCUUAGAGCCCAUGACUUCUACACCACAGGCAUUUGACCAGUUUCACACUACUAGACAUGAAUUGUCUCCUACGGAGCCGGCCUCAAAUCCAACUAGGAAGCAGAGGCAGUCGUGCCACUGACAUUGCAACAUGCAGGGCCUACCACCAGCCAAGUCUGUUAAGGACUUUUCUCCCUGGUGAUAUGCUCCGCACCUUCUGGCACUGUGAAAGCUUUCUAGUAAGGAGGAAGUUUGCAAGUCAGUUCCAGAUUGAUUUCUAUGUGUCUUCAACAGUAGGGACUUACCAUGUAGCUAUGACAGGCAGCCAAGAGCAAUGGCAGGAGCCUGUGUUGUUUUGGGAGCCUCCUUAACUGAUUAUUUUUAGGGAUGCCCCACACCUGGCACUGAGAGUUUCAUUUAAUAACCUAGGUCUUCAUUUAAUAACCAUUGUCCACCAGUGUAUAAGAUACCUCCAUUCAAACUUUUUUCUUUACUUAUAAUUGCCUAAUAAUCAUGAACAAAGAGAAGAACUCAAAGAACCAGAGAGACUGCUGACUUAGCCCCUAUGAAGCAUGUGAGGCUGACUGAGUUUGUGUUACGUAGCACACUCAAAGAUUAAAGCCUUCUGUCUUGGAAGGAAGCUGAUUCAACAUAAGACAGUUAUAGAGGAGGUGAAAGAAGAGGAUAUUCUAAGGAAGGUGAGAUCGUCCAUCCUGCCAGGAACUUCCUUAAGCUCCUUUUGAGUUGAAGUAUACAACUCAAAAGUUCUUAAAAUUCACCAGGUACACUAGACUCCUCCCUCCCCAAGCAUAGAUAAGCAAUGGUUGCUGAGGGGCACUGAGACAAGUUGAGCUGUCUAGAAGACCGACUGAGCCUCCUGGGAAAGCAGAAACCAGCAGCGCUGUCUCAAAGAGGCUUGGACCUACUGAACACCCUAGAAAGAACACUCGAACCUGUUGAGCUGCCUGUAGGUUGUCUAAUUCACUACAGAUUUCCAGGUUUCAUGAGCUGUGACUGCUGGCACGGGCUUUUGGUGAUACAGCUGUCUUUGAGUCAUUCCUACUUCUGUAAUAACCCCAGUAAAACUCAAUAGUUCACCGAGUUGAA